AUGGCUGAUGAAGAAGAGCCCGCAACGUUCGUCAUCGCUGGCGGGGGGAUCGUCGGACUUGCCUUGGCAAUGACCAUCAAAAAGCAGCUCGGAAUUGUUCCUGAAAUCUACGAAAAAGCGACCACCUUUGCCACGGAAGCCGGGGCAGGCUUGGGGAUGUAUCCCAACGGAUUGAGGGUCCUCCGAGAUAUCAAUCCCGAGCUCCUGACUUGCGUUCGAAGCUCAGGAUACCCGUACAAGUGCCGACACUGGGAAAGACACAACGGCGAGGAAGUCAUGAAAGCAGAAGAGUCGGUCUUGUCAGGAGAAGAGAGUGAGUUAGAUUCCAUUGGAAUUCGUCGUUCGACAUUGCAGAGAGUGCUCCUUAUGUUUGCAACUAUGGAGGGCAUAACCAUCAGGUACAAGAAGCCGCUGGUCUCAGCGGAGCAACAAAACGAUGGCUUGGUGAAGGUAACCUUUGGGGAUGGCAGCACGCGGCUCACUCAGGUUCUCUUCGGGGCAGACGGUGCCCUGGGCAAGUCAAGGUCAAUUGUAGCAGGCAAGGACGAGCCCGCACUCAAGUACACUGGCACCACCUGCUUGAUGGGGUUGGCCAAUGUCAAGUGCGAUGGGAUCUACUUCCCCAGCUCAGAUAAGGAAAACUUCCAUGCUGUCUUCUUCCCUACGCGUGUGAAGGAGACUUGCUUUCAAUUUCACAUGCCUGUCACGGAAGACGAGGCCAACGCUUUGAAUUGGGGCAACCUCUCGGACUCUGUGGGACAGAAGGAAUGUCAAAAGAUCGCCAAGCAACUACGUGCAGAAGGAUGGCACGAGAAGUUCAUCAAGCCUUUGGAUAAUUGCAUUCAUGCGGUUCGUGUUGGCUUCGCCCUUUUGGAACCUAAGCUCAACACAUGGGUCAAGGGCAGAGUGGCUCUUGUGGGUGACGCAUGCCAUCCUCCGGUGCCUUAUGUCGGCCAAGGCGCCCAGCAGGGCUUGGAGGAUGCCGGUGUGGCGGUUGCUCUGAUGAAGAUAUACUGUAUCGACGAAAAGACAGGGAAGUUCGAUCCAACAAACUUCGAGAAAGCCAUGAGGGUUUACCAGGAAAUCCGCACUGUCAGGGCUAGUCAAAUUCUCGACAUCUCCAAGGCGCUGGGAAAGAUGCAAUCGGACCGUGCUGGUCUUGGGAUUGAGAAGAAUGCUGAAGAUGAAAUUUUGAAGGGAGAAGUGCUAAUGUAUGGCACGCUCCCCGUCAUGUCGUCCGGAGCCAGUCAUAACUACAGGGACGAUAUCAUACGAGCUACCUCCGAGAACUACUUGCCUACUGUGGAUGUCGACGUUGCUCUUGAGGCAAUGGAGUACAUCUUAGGUAAGGCAUCCAACGAAGCCAAUCGUGUCGAGAGUGAACGCAACGGGAAGUUGGUUGAAUCCAGGAAACACUUUGUGGAUCAGGCCUAUGGGAUUCCGUCCAACAGAGUCGAGCUCUUGGUUGACUGGAUCUACAGGACACUAGAGCGCUUGCUACGGCGGGUUGUGGCCCACCGGAACGCCAAGGCCAAUUUCACGGCUCGCCAAGGUCGCAUGAGAUGCGUUGGCAAGAGCUGUGGUGCCAGUAUUGUCGACGAGCGUACUUUUUCGAACCAUGUCCCUUUGGGCGACUUGUCGGAAAUCAUCGAGAUUCCUGUAUUCAAUCCUGAUGUGGACAAGCUGGAGGAGGAUCCGAUGUCUAUAGUUCUGCCACCAGAAGUAGGGCAGCAACUGAGGGAAUUUGUUGUCCAUAUCGCUUCCCUCUAUCACAACAAUCCUUUCCACAACUUUGAACACUCGGCAUCAGUUACUAUGAGCAUGCAUAAGCUUCUGUCUCGCAUGACAAGUGAAAAGUCAUCUUUGGCAGUGCCAGAUCCAACGGGAAAGAGUCAAGCGUACGGGAUCUCAACCGAUCCCAUGACACAGUUUGCGUGUAUCUUUGCGUCCCUGUUGCAUGAUGCGGAUCAUGAUGGCGUGCCAAACACUCAGCUUGCCAAAGAACACCCUGAAAUGGAUAAGUUGUACGAAGGCCAAGCUUUGGCCGAACAAAACAGCUUGGACAAGGCAUGGGCCUAUUUCUUGCUCCCAAAGAACACCAUGCUACGAAGGACAAUCUAUGGAGAUGAGGCAGAGAUGAAUCAAUUUCGCCAUCUUGUAACAAACUUAGUCAUUGCAACCGACAUCUGCAGUAAGGAAAUGAGAGCUUUCAGAGAAGCCCGCAUUCAGAAAGCGUUUUCCGAGGAGCACAAUGAUAGUGACAUAGAAGAAAACAUCCAACGAAGGGCUACAAUUGGAGUUGAAUACCUCAUUCAAGCAUCAGAUGUUUGCCACACAAUGCAACCAUGGAAUGCUUACAGGCAAUGGAACAGACGUCUUUACCACGAGAUGUACCGUGCUUUCAAGGAAGGUCGUUCAUCAAAGGAUCCAAGCGAAUUCUGGUAUCAAGGAGAGAAAGCCUUCUUUAACUUUUAUAUUAUCCCACUCGCUAAGAAGCUGAAGAAGUUUGAAGUCUUCGGAAGUGUUUGCGAUGAGUUUUUGCUCUGCGCUGAAAAGAACCUCCAGGAGUGGGAGUUCCAAGGGCAAGGAAUAGUGAAGGAAAUGAUCGCAGAAGUAGAACAACAGUGGUCGACGACGAUAGCGGCUUAG